GACCAGACUGCGCGGAUAUGCAGGCUGGUCUGGGUCCAUGCUGGUCGCAAAGCCAUUAUGUUGGUUUUCUCAUGGCGGGGCUCAUAUAAUAAACUUGUGAUGAAUUAAUACAUAAACUGUAGUUUGUACCCUGCUAAAUUUCUAAAAUGGACUGGUCCAUCAUUCAAUUUGGGCAGUACCAUUUAUUAUUCAAAGGGGUGUUCAACACUGAAAAUUUACCAACUUAAUAGCAAAACAGUGGAGACCAAGAUCAGCCUGCACAGAGGUACAGGCUGUUCUUGGUCCGCGCUGGUUGCAAAGGCAGAAUCACCUACCAUCAGGCUAUUUAAAGGUUAAAGAUACUAACCAAAGUUUGAAUAAAAUCUUAAUGAGAAAUAGUAUAUCCCAAACAGUGGUUUCUCCUUGCAUAAAAUCAUUGUUUGGAGUUCCUAUAUGAAGGAAUUUAAUUUUAUAAUGAGAAUGCUGCCCAAUUGAUACAAUAAUACAGAUCUGAAAAACAAAUGAUGAUUUUAUUCAUGAGAAAAUCACUGUUUGAGAUAUGUUAAUUUGAUUCUAUCAUGAUUGUAAGAUUUAUUAGGGACAUCCUUGACCACGUCUGCCAAGUAUAUGCCUGUUUUUAUGUGCUUUUCAAGCAUGCUGCUUUGGCAUCUGACACUAUGACAUGAUAAUUGUGACAUUAUAGUUAUUUUAUUGCUUAUAACAUAAAGUCAGUCUUUUUUGUAUGAAAGGAAAAUAAAUUGGGUUGUGUUAGAAUAAAUGUUUUUAAUGUUUAUCUAAAAACAUAUGAUAAAAGCAAGUUUGAAAUUAUAAAAACAAGUUUAAAAUUAUAAAACAUUAGUUUAAAAAUUACAACGUUUCCUAGUUUGUAAACAUCACAGUUCAGGCUAUUAAGUUAAUAGUAACAUACCCAAAUAUAUUACCGUGACAUUACAUACCUGGGUCUUAUCUCUUUUAUAGGCUUGAAUGAAAACACAGACACUUGAGGUUCGGACCUCCACACACCCCAUUCUCUUACGCCCCUGGUUAAGUUUAGCCAAUAUAUUUUAGCAUUUUACCAUGUAUUGAGCAUAGGUGACGAUCAUAAAAAGCAUUUUGUAACAUUUCAGCGUGUUUUUAAAAAAUGCAUUUUUACCAUCAAUGCUCUCAAUACUAGAAGAUAUGCAACUUCUCACGAACAAUGGGAACACUUGCUUGCGCUGGACCCUCGCUUUGUGUAGUGCAUGUCAUAAACCGGGAACCAAAAUUGUUACUCUUAUGGCUAUGUUAAACCAGAUCAUCACUUCUUUAUGUAAACAAACCUCGUGUAACACGUGGUGAAGCGAUAAUCCGGUUAUAAUGCAGUCGAAGCAGUAUCAAUUUUCACCCCCUGGUACCGGCGCCCCCAAGUACAGGUGGCACUCACACAUACAGCGCUUGAUAAGCAAUUUUGGAGGAGCGGUGGUUUUCAGAUUUUACAAUGAUCCGGCUGGUUGUAUUGUGUAUCGGUCUAUGUACAGUGGGUGGGGUAACAGAAUACUUGCCUCUGAAACAUGUACAUCAUGACAAUGCUGCCAUGGAACAAUUUCUGAAAUCGGUGAACUCAACAUUCCCGGACCUAACAUACCUGUACAGUAUAGGAAAGUCUGUUAACAGCCAAGAACUUUGGGUGAUUGCACUAGGGAAAAAUAUAAGCAGCUAUGUUGAAUUACGUCCAAGUGUGAAAUAUAUUGGAAAUAUGCAUGGCAAUGAGGUUGUGAGUAGAGAAGUUCUUCUUCACCUGAUAGAACUGUUCAUCAAAGGAUAUGAUACAAAUUCUACCAUAAGAAACUUUCUCGAUUCAACAGUUGUGCAUAUUAUGCCAAGUAUGAACCCUGAUGGAUACGAUAUAUCAACCGAGGGUGAUUGUACAGGAUAUAUUGGAAGAUACAAUCAAUUUGGAAUUGACCUGAAUCGAAACUUUCCUGACCUUUGGCAUGAUGCCCACCAGAAGCCUAUUGCCAUGGAAACUCAGGCUGUCAUAGACUGGUUGCCUCAGUACAAUUUUGUUUUGUCAGCCAAUCUUCAUGGUGGAGCAAUGGUGGCAAAUUACCCAUUUGACAAGUAUUUAGAUCCAAACAGACGUGCAGGCACAGGUCCCUCAAAAUGUCCAGAUGAUGACACAUUUAAAUUUUUGGCCUUGACUUACUCAAAGUCACAUGUUACCAUGGCGUUAAACCAAGGAACAGAAUGUAUAGAGGACUACUUUCCAGAUGGUAUAACAAAUGGAGCUGCUUGGUAUUCUGUAUCAGGUGGGAUGCAGGACUACAACUAUGUGAAACAUGGUAUAUUUGAACUGACUCUGGAAAUCUCCUGUUGUAAGUUCCCAAAUACAUCAGAACUGGAGUACUUCUGGAUAGAUAAUAGAGAUGCUCUCGUUAAUUUACUGAUGGAGGUACACAGAGGGGUAAAAGGGAUUGUGUAUGAUGAAAAUAACAACCCAGUAGAAGGUGCUGAACUUAUAAUUAAAGGGAGAGAAGCUGUACCCUUCAUGUCGAGGAUUCAUGGAGAAUAUUAUCGUAUUCUCAUGCCUGGUUCAUACACACUAAUGGUAAAAUACAAAGAUUACAUCGCAGUCAGCAAGACGUUUACAGUAAGGGAAGGAGAAGUUACUCACCUUGAUGUUGUUCUAGGAAAGAGGGAGAUAAGUGGUGCUAGCAGUAUAGUUGCAAUGGGUUACUUCCCUUGGACUAUACCAUUGAUAUUUAGUGUGAUAACAGCGUUAUGGUCUUGAUGUAUACCUAGUCAUUACAUAUCAAGUCAUUUUUUGUCAUAUGAUUUUCUAUUGACUGUUCAUAUUUCUUCAGGUGUAUUAAUGAUGAUUCAUUCUUUCUAAAAGAAUUUCUUGAUUAAAUGUUGUAUUAUCUGAUUGAGAAAUGACUGGUAUAAAUUCAUGUCAUAAAAAAGAGAAAUGAAGAAAUUAUUGCAUUGUAUUUGGUAUGGAUAAGUCUAAAUAACUACUGUAAAUCACUUACAAUAUGAGAGUAAAUGACAGACUCUGAUUCUUCAGUUAUCCAGCCAAGACCUGAAUUCACACUGAUAAAAAAUCACAAAAAUUGAAUGAUUUUUUUUUUAAAAAUGCACUUUCCACAGUUCAUUUAUAACAGAUACUUUUAACCAGUUUAAUAAUUAUGCAAAAGAAAUUUAUUUUAACAUUUAAAAAUUAGCCUGUUGUUUUAGUCUACCAUGUUAACAUUUUUAUCAGAGAUUUUAGGAAAGUUAAAGUUUCUGCAUUGAUUGGUCUGAUAUACAAUAUUCGUUAAACAAACUUUUAUACUACUAGUAUUCAAAUAUAAUUUUAAAUUCUGUGUAUUUUUGGCAUCAUGUUGAACAAAGGUUCACAGUGAGCUUUGGAAUAGAUGGCUAGUCUGGCUUUGAUCGUUUGAGCAAUUUUAAUGUUACCACCUAAGAGGUAACAAUUUUGGCCCAGUCUGAAUGAAACUUAGUUAGAAAGUUUUCCUCAAUAAAAUUUUGGAAAGUGGAGAAUGAAGAUUCUGGGUUAUCUAGGGACAAAAAGCAGGUCACUAGGUCAAAUUAUAGGGAACUCUUUUUAAACACUUUAGAAGCCAAAUUUUCUACCUGAUGUAGAUCAUUUCUAGCUGAGUUUUAUGAAAUCUUUGUUUAUAUGAAAUGUGUGGCAGUCUCUGGUGGUUCACCUCAAUUUGAACACUGGGACACUAGGCCAAAUCUCGGUAAAACCAUGAACAUCAUUAUUUUUUACUGAAUCUUGAUAAAAUUUCUCUAGUCUGUGUACACAGGUGAUUGAAUUAUAUUGACCCUUGUGUUUAUUGUAUAUAUUUUCAUAGUGACUAUCAGUGGUGAAUUAGCAGGUUCUUAUCUUUGUGUGAAACAGAGCUGUUUAUGAAAGUUGUGAAAAGUUUAUUAUUUCAGUCAUAUACCAGGGUGCUAUGUUGUUCAUAGCAUGACAGUUCAGUGCAUUACCAGUGUGGAUACUAAAUAUGUUUUAACAGCAACAUUGUCUAAUUUUCAAGAAGGGAAUAUUGUUUUACUGUAGCUAUAAUGAAGAGUCUAUGAACAUGUAUUUAGUUUGCAGAUACAUUUUCAUUUCAGUGCCAGUUUAUUGAUAAUGUAAGAUUUGAGUGCCAUUUUACAGACAUUGUACGAGUGUAGUACAUUUGAGUGCAGUGUACAGAUAUUGUCAUAUUUGAGUGCCAGUGUACACAUAUUGUUUGUACACAUAUUGUAACAUUUGAGUGCCAGUGUACACAUAUUGUUUGUACACAUAUUGUAACAUUUGAGUGCCAGUGUACACAUACUGUUUGUACACAUAUUGUAACAUUUGAGUGCCAGUGUACACAUAUUGUUUAUACACAUAUUGUAACAUUUGAGUGCUAGUGUAUAUUGUUAUACACAUAUUGUAACAUUUGAGUGCCAAUGUACACAUAUUGUUUUUACACAUAUUGUAACAUUUGAGUGCCAGUCUACACAUUGUUUGUACACAUAUUGUAACAUUUGAAUGCCAAUGUACACAUAUUGUUUAUACACAUAUUGUAACAUUUGAGUGCCAGUGUACACAUAUUGUUUAUACACAUAUUGUAACAUUUGAGUGCCAGUGUACACAUAUUGUAACUUUUGAGUGCCAGUUUACACAUUUUGUAACAUUUGAGUGCCAGUUUACACAUUUUGUUACAUUUGAGUGCCAUUGUACUGAUAUUGUAAUAUUUUGAUGCCAGAGUAUUGAUAUUGCACAAAUCUUUUGCAGUGUAACAUUUUCUAUAUAUAGCAUGAUAUUGUACAGUAAAAUUUGGUUACUUCAAACUCAGAUAUAAAAAAAACAACUUGGAUAUAAGGAACAAAGUUUUAUUUCUGAAUUUUAGCUUGCUUUGCUUCAAAUAAAAUCUAUGGAUACAGAGAACUCCAUAAAAGUGAAAACUCAGUUCUAAAGAUCUUGUUAUUGGAUAUGAAGGCAGUAAUUCAUGUAGAAAAGUAACUGGUUUUAAGGAACACCACAUGCAGAAAUAAAUCCUGGUGGUUAGGAAUUUACAAGACUUCUUGCUUUCAACAAGUUCAGUAAAUGUUCUGGGAAUUCCUGAUAGCAGGACAACACAGUUUUCAUAUGCCUUGGCUUUUUCUUUAAAGUCCUGGAUAUUCCUGGCUUUUCCAGUCUACCUUUAUUUAAGUCCUGACUUUUUCUGACUGUGUCCUGACUUAUAAAGUUGACCAGGAUAUCCCAGGAUUUCCUGACCAAGGGGAUUUAUCUCAGCAUGGGGGUACUCUUGGAUUUGCUGUUUUAAUCAUUUAAAUGGUGUGACUUCUUUCACAAUUAGAUCAAAAUAAAUGAAAUUUAACAUGCAUGUAAGAAAAAUAAGAAUGAAACAUUUUAUUUCAUAAAUUUAUUUUGACUACAAAGUGUGUAUCAAAUACCAGAACAUAGUUAUAGUGACACUUCUUUUUAGCUCAUCUGAUUUUUUGAAAAAAAAUGAUGAGUUAUUGUCAUCACUUGAGCGGUUGUCGGCGUCGGCGUCGGCGUCGGCGUUGCCUGGUUAAGUUUUAUGUUUAGGUCAGCUUUUCUCCUAAACUAUCAAAGCUAUUGCUUUGAAACUUGGAAUACUUGUUCACCAUCAUAAGCUGACCCUGUAUAGCAAGAAACAUAACUCCAUCUUGCUUUUUGCAAGAUUUAUGGCCCCUUUUGUACUUAGAAAAUAUCAGAUUUCUUGGUUAAGUUUUAUGUUUAGGUCAACUUUUCUCCUAAACUAUCAAAGCUAUUGCUUUGAAACUUGGAAUACUUGUUCACCAUCAUAAGCAGACCCUGUACAUCAAGAAACAUAACUCCAUCUUGCUUUUUGCAAGAUUUAUUGCCCUUUUGGACUUAGAAAAUCAGUUUUCUUGGUUAAGUUUUAUGUUUAGGUCAGCUUUUAUCCUAAACUAUCAAUGCUAUUGCUUUAAAACUUGCAACACUUGUUCACCAUCAUAAGUUGACCCUGUAUAGCAAGAAACAUAACUCCGUCCUGCUUUUUGCAAGAUUUAUGGCCCCUUUUGGACUUAGAAAAUAUCAGAUUUCUCGGUUAAGUUUUAUGUUUAAGUCAACUUUUUCUCUUAAACUAUCAAAGCUAUUGCUUUGAAACUUGCAACACUUGUUCACCAUCAUAAGCUGACCCUGUACAGCAAGAAACAUAACUCCAUCCUGCUUUUUGCAAUAAUUAUUGCCCCUUUUGGACUUAGAAAAUCAUUUUCUUGGUUGAGUAUUAUGUUUAAGUCAACUUUUCUCAUAAACUAUCAAAGCUAUUGCUUUAAAACUUGCAACAGUUUUUCACCAUCAUAAGUGGACACUGUACAUCAAGAAACAUAACUCUAUCCUGCUUUUUGCAAGAAUGAUGGCCCUUUUUAGACUUAGAAAAUCAUGGGUAGGACAAUAUUUCUAUUACACAAAAAAAAUCAGAUGAGCGUCAGCACCCGCAAGGCGGUGCUCUUGUUUAUACCCCCCUUGAACACCCGUGGUUGGCGGGCGGCGUCCAAAGCAUGUCUGCUCUCUAAAUCGACAGUUUUCAUCGGAUCUUCGCCAAAAUUGCUUACAAUGUUUGUGGGCAUAAUAUCUCGGCCAAGUUCGAUAACCAGCCGAAUCGCCCCAGGCACUCUUGGAUUAUGGCCCUUGAAUUACUCGAAAAAUAGCGAAUUUCGCCCUGUCGCUCUCUCGAAGAGUUUUCUUCGGAUCUUCACCGAACUUGCUUACAAUGUUUGUAGGCAUAAUAUCUCGGCCAAGUGUGAUAACCAGCAAAAUUGCCUCAGGUACUCCUGGAUUGUGGCCCUAGAAUUACUCGAAAAACAGCGAAUUUAGCCUUGUCCGCUCUCUAAGUCAAACAGUUUUCAUCCGAUCUUCGCCAAACUUUAUGACAAUGUUUGUGGGCAUAAUAUCUUGGCCAAGUUUGAUAACCAGCCAAAUCACCCCAGGCACUCUUGGAUUAUGGCUCUUGAAUUGAAAAACAGCGAAUUUAGCCUUGUUCGCUCUCUAAGUUGAACAGUUUUCAUCCGAUUUACACCAAACUUUGAAAAAUUGUUGAAAAAGACGUUAAACCUGAACACACACACACCAAACUUGAUGAAAAUGUUUUUUGCAUAAUAUCAGCCAAGUUCAAUAAAUAACCAAAUUGUCCCAGACAUUCUUGGAUUACAGCCCUUGUUUUCAUCCGAUCUUCACCAAACUUGCUGACAAUGUUUGUGGGCAUAAUAUCUGGACCAAGUUCGAUAACCAGCCAAAUCGCCUCAGGCACUCUUAGAUUAUGCCUCUUGAAUUAGGCCAACUUUGAUGACGAGCUUAUUUUGUGAAAGUCUAGCACUCUUGUUCUUCUUAUGGCCAAUAAUGUAAUUCCUAAAACAAUGACAUGUCAUGUCAGAACGUCUACUGUUGUAAUUAACAAGAAUGUUUGAAAAAGAAUUUUCUUUGAGUGAAGGAGCAUACAAGUGAAUAUCAUACAAAUUAUAUGAGUAGUAAAACAGAAAUAUUCAAUUUAAAACAUCUGAUAUAAUGAAAUGGGAAACAACCAUUUAUACUUACCAAAGAUGAACUAAAUUAGUAUGCAACUUUAAAUGUGUCAACCAGAGUUAUAACAUACUGUUGGCUAUAUGAAUACCAAAAAAAAAACAGUUUUAAGGAACUCAUUUUCAUUGUCCUGCUAAGUUCACUAUAUCCAAGUUUUACUGUAUGUACAGUAUAUGAGCCGUGCCAUGAGAAAAUUAACAUAGUGGGUAUGCGACCAGCAUGGAUCCAGACCAGCCUGCGCAUCCGCGCAGUCUGGUCAGGCUCCAUGCUGUUCGCUUUUAAAGCCUAUUGGAAUUGGAGAAACUGUUAGCGAACAGCAUGGAUCCUGACCAGACUGCGCGGACGCGCAGGCUGGUCUGGAUCCAUGCUGGUCGCAUACCCACUAUGUUGGUUUUCCCAUGGCGCGGCUCAUAUGUAUUAUUGAAAGAUUUCAGGCCAUUAGAUUAUGCUGCAUACUCACACAGAAGAUAUAUUACUGUCAUGUUUUAUAACCAGUAAUUUCUAGAAUAUUAAUUCUGAAAUUAAGGCCUUUGAAUUAUUUAACAUUUAAAGAAUAUCAGUGUGAGCCAGAUUACUACAGUAUAUUUUCACAGAAGGAAGUGGCUAUUCUUACGGUCCCAUAGGAAUAGCCUCGCAGUCAAUUCUUACGGGAGAGCCGUAAGAAUAGUCAAAAGCCCGCAUGUGUCUAUUCCUACCGUUCUCCCUACGAAAUAUGAAAAGUGUGCAGGUGGUUAUUCCUAGGUUAUUAUAACAUAUGGCAGUUUUUUGUUACAGAUCGACUGAAUUCAUUCGAGUGAUAUAAUUUCACCCAACCUCUUUACUUUUCUGCUAAGGAAAUCCAGAGAAGACAAAAAAAGGGAAGUGAUUUCCCCUAGUAUAACGCAUUUUAUUACAUUUUAUUACUUCCAUUUGUUACAUAAACAAAUAAUUUUAAUACAACGAAUUUAUCGUAAGUGUAAAAUAUACUUAUUUAACUGAAAUUUGUCUUCUAAAUAAAUCAGAAAACGAUCGUUGGUUGUACAGAUUUAGAUGUAAAUACAUACGAUAUUAAUAUUGAAAUACUAAAAAAUACUGACCAAGUGUUUUCAGCUAAACCAGUUUGAGAAUCAUUGAUCUAUGUUUCGUGUAUAUACAUGCAAAUUUUUCAUAAUAAUACAAAUCUCUUACCACUCUAAACAUGUUUAUUGCCCUUUAAUUGAUUUAAUGUGAUUACAUGUCAUUUCUGAAAUCGGUUGAAAAUAUAUCAGUUGAGUGACUUCAGUACAAUGUAUUGUAAUACAAAACUGCCAUAGGAAUAACCAUCUGCGGGUUUUUCACUACCUGCAAGCUAUUCCUACGGGUCCGUAAGAAUAGCCACUUUCUUCACAGAAAGUGUAUAUGUAUAAAGACUAGCCAUGUUUAAUAUCCAUCCUGAUCAGAUUAGUAUCUUAGUGGGCCUCUUUGGCUGAGUGGAUAAGGUUGCUUACUUCAGGUCAGUUUCCUUUUGGGUUCGAAAGUUGCUUGAAGUGUAGAAUCCUCCAUCCAGCUGGCUUAUGUAGGGUUGGUAGUUCUACAUAUGAACCCAACAAUGCAUGAUAUAAUAACGGCAGGGACACUUGGGGUCGACCUACAAAUGUUUCAGUGUUAUAUUUAACCCAACAAAAAAUCAAAUGCAGUAUAUUGAUAUUAUAGCAUUCAGAUGUCAGUAUGGUGAUAUUGUAACAAUUUAGUGCCUCGUGUACUGAUAUUUUAAUAUUUUAGUGCCACCUUGCUUGUAUUUUCACACAUUGUGGAGUCAGUACACUGAUAUUUUUAUGUUCAGUUUGUAAUUUUAUAGCAGACAUUUCUGUAACCUUAAUUAUGUUUAUAAUGAACUUUGUAGAAAAAAUAAAAUUGAUCAAGCUUCAAGA